CCUCAACUUCCCCUCCUCCUUACCCAAAAAAUGGACGAUCAAGAACCACCAUUUUCUCCUGAUAUCCCACCUGAAACUGAAAACCCACUACCCAAGACCCAGGAAUUCAGCAAUGAAAAUAGUUUCCCUUUCGAUAAUGGCCAAAAACACAGCCAUGCAACUGGUACUAAAAUGGAAAACUUCAAAGCUUUUUUGUUGAGAUAUGUUGUAUCCUCUUCUCCAACCAAGUCUUUAUCCCCCCUGCAAAGGUCCAUGAUUGAACAGCGCCUUCAUGACUUCUUCCCUGAUUUUCACACUCCUGAUCAUCCCCCUUAUGCUGCUAUGAUUGAACAUGCAAUUGAAAAAUUGAAUGAGGAAGGUGGAUCUACUGAGGAGGCAAUAUCACUGUUUAUUAGGAAAGAGUAUCCUGAUUUGCCAAGGGCUCAUGAUAGUUUAUUCAAGUACCAUUUGAAAAACCUCUGUGAGGAUGGAGCUCUUGUAAAAGCUGGUAACAGGUUCUAUAUGACUGGAGAUGAACAUAGUCCUGACAGUCUCUAUAAUCUUAGUCAUAUAGUCACUCACAGUAAUAUUUACAGUCCAACCUCUCAUGAUGGUGUUGAGUCCAGUCCUAGUAGCCCCAGCUGGUGCUCAAGCACUUCCUGCAGCAGCUUUUCUAGCCCAAGGAGUAACCGUCCAUAUGCUCGAAGGCAGAAAAGAGGGGAAAAAAGGGGAAGACAGCGCAAGAGAACUACUCAACGAAAGAGAGUACAGAUUAAGCGUAAAGGAAAGAGAGUCGAGAGACGUGGUAGACCACGUAAGAAGAAUGUAGAAGAUCAAGUAUAUUCUGACAAGCUGAUGUUAGAAGAGGAAGUCAAAGAAUUAGAAGAGCAAAAUGUCAGAAAGAAAGAACAAAAUGAGGUGCUUGAGGGCUGUGAUCAAGUUAGAAGGAAAAGAAGAAAGAUAAAGGAGUGUGGUCAAAGACAAGAAACCAGGGCACUGAGAGACACUGACUUUGACCAAUUUGAAGUGGCAACUAAGGAGGAAUGGCGGAAAAAACAAUUACAAGAAAAAUCAGUUAGCAGGGACAACAGUCAAGCAGAGGAGCUUGAAAAACAAAGGGAGGACCAGGCUCAUUAUAUUGAAGGAAAAGAAGAAGAGGAUCAGCCACUGCAAAAUCACAGUGAAGUAAAUCUUGUAUGCAUGCUGCAGCAAGAAGCAGAGGUUGAAGUGGUGGGGCAAGAAGAUUACUUGAAGGAUGGACUUAGAGAAACAACUGCACAAUUGGAUAUUGCAAAAGAAGAGAAUCAGGUGAUUCAGGUGAUUGCAAGAGAGAGUUGUAUGGAAGAUACAGUGCUUGUAGUGACUGGAGAACCUAGUUUACUUGAAGAACAUGACAUUCAGACUGUGAGGGAGUCAACGGAGGAGCAAAGAAAAAGGGCUCAACCUUGUAAAAGAACUGUGAGAGGAAGAAAAGCUCAUAAGAAGAGUGUACCGAUACCUGGGAGGCGUAGGGGUAGGCCAAAGAAGGAUUUGUUGGUAGAAGCAAGCCAAACUAAUGCUGAAGAAAUGGAGGCUAAUGAAACAAUUUUGUAUUGCUUUUCAAUGUUUCCAUGCUCAUCUGAUCAUUUCCAGUCGGAAUCUUUGCAGAAAAAGUGGUCUAAAAGGGUUUGCACUUUUCUGGGCAGAAUUCUUCCUUGCUCUAUUUUUGGUCCAAAUUCAACUAAUAUUUUCUCGAUGUUGGAGGCUGAACUAGCUCUUGUGUAA